GGCCUCAACCCCCCCCAAAUUCUACCCAGGCUCCCGCUGCACCAUGUAUCGCGCUGUGCGGCUCCUCGCGCGCUCGCGUCGCCUGGUGCGGGCUCCAGGCUCAGCCUCCGCCCCCGGCCUCGGAGAGGCGGCCGUGCUUCUGCUGCGGCCCCCGGACGCCGCUCGAAUGGCAAGCCAAAAUUCCUUUAGGAUAGAGUUCGACACCUUUGGUGAACUCAAGGUCCCGAAUGAUAAGUAUUAUGGCGCCCAGACUGUGAGAUCUACGAUGAACUUUAAGAUUGGAGGUGUGACAGAGCGCAUGCCAAUCCCAGUUAUUAAAGCUUUUGGCAUCUUGAAGCGAGCAGCUGCUGAAGUAAACCAGGAUUAUGGUCUUGAUUCAAAGAUUGCUGAGGCCAUAAUGAAGGCUGCAGAUGAGGUAGCCGAAGGUAAAUUAAAUGAUCAUUUUCCUCUUGUGGUAUGGCAGACUGGAUCUGGAACUCAGACAAAUAUGAAUGUAAAUGAAGUCAUUAGCAAUAGAGCAAUUGAAAUGCUAGGAGGUGAACUUGGUAGCAAGAAACCUGUGCAUCCCAAUGAUCAUGUUAAUAAAAGCCAGAGCUCAAAUGAUACUUUUCCCACGGCAAUGCACAUUGCUGCUGCCAUAGAAGUCCAUGAAGUGCUGCUGCCAGGACUACAGAAGCUACAUGAUGCACUCAAUGCAAAAUCUAAAGAGUUUGCCCAGAUCAUCAAAAUUGGACGCACUCACACACAGGAUGCUGUUCCGCUCACUCUUGGGCAGGAAUUUAGUGGUUAUGUUCAACAAGUAAAAUAUGCAAUGACGAGAAUAAAAGCUGCAAUGCCAAGGAUCUAUGAGCUCGCAGCUGGAGGCACUGCUGUCGGCACAGGCUUAAAUACUAGAAUUGGCUUUGCAGAGAAGGUUGCUGCCAAAGUGGCUGCACUCACAGGCUUGCCUUUUGUCACAGCUCCAAAUAAAUUUGAGGCUCUAGCCGCACAUGAUGCUUUGGUUGAACUCAGCGGAGCUAUGAACACUACGGCCUGCAGUCUAAUGAAGAUAGCAAAUGAUAUUCGUUUUCUGGGUUCUGGUCCCCGGUCAGGUCUGGGAGAGCUGAUCUUGCCUGAAAAUGAACCAGGAAGCAGUAUCAUGCCAGGCAAGGUGAACCCUACCCAGUGUGAAGCACUGACCAUGGUUGCAGCCCAAGUCAUGGGGAAUCACGUUGCUGUCACUGUGGGAGGCAGCAAUGGACAUUUUGAGUUGAAUGUGUUCAAGCCAAUGAUGAUCAAAAAUGUGUUACACUCAGCCCGGCUGCUGGGAGAUGCAGCUGUUUCCUUCACAGAAAACUGCGUCAUGGGAAUCCAGGCCAACACAGAGAGGAUCAGCAAACUGAUGAGUGAAUCUCUAAUGUUGGUGACAGCUCUUAAUCCUCAUAUAGGGUAUGACAAGGCAGCAAAGAUUGCUAAGACAGCACACAAAAAUGGAUCAACCUUGAAGGCGACUGCCAUUGAGCUUGGCUAUCUCACCGCAGAGCAGUUUGAUGAAUGGGUGAAACCUAAGGACAUGCUGGGUCCAAAGUGAUUUAAAUAAAUUUAUAAUAAAAACAAUUAUGUUCUAAAAAAAAAGAGAAAGAAAUGGAAAAGACUUCUUAUUCUUAAACAGAGAUGGAUGAAUGUGUAAGGAAACUGCUUCUGAACUCGACUGUGUCUAGCAAGCAACUUGGUCGACCUAAGAAGCCCUAGGAUGUGCUGAGUCCAAAGUGAAUUUGAAAAGUGUAAAAUGAAGCAAUUAAAUGUGUAAAGUCAAAGGAAACACUCAUUUUUCUUCUAUGUUAAUUGACUGUACUAUAGUCGAAUCUCAUUUUGGUGUAUGUGUGUCCAUUACUUCACAUUCUUUAUAAAAGAGCCAUAUACAUUUUUAAAGAGUUUUAGUUUUUUUGCUUGGUGUUGUUUUCAGUUCCCCUAUAAUGAAAAAGUACCUGUUGUUUUGUUCCUAAGUCAUAUACUUCCAUUUCUUUUCUUCUGUGAUUUGGGAGCAUAAGCUCACUUGCCCCUCAGAUGUAUGCGCAUGCACACAUGUGUGCAUAUGAGUAUAUAUGCGUGUGUGUGCCUGAGCAUAUGUCUGUCAGGAAAUGGGGCAGGUUUAAAAUUGGGGCCGACAUAUUCCAUGUGCUGCGGACACACACACCCCCCUCCUGUCCUUAGCUGAAUGACCACAGAAGAGCUGCUGCCUAUGGGCCAGGAAUUGUAGGGUGUGCAUGAGCAAGGACCAGGGUGCAGGCUGGAACUUGGGAAGAGAAGGGAGGGGGUUGUGAUCUCUCUGCGCCAAUGCCAGGAUUUUUCAGCAGGAAUUUAUUGGAAACAACCACAGGGGAUUUUGAACAAACCGGUCUGGGGAGAUCAGGCCUGAUUGAACUAAAACUGAAGCUAAAGGCUUGAUUGAACAUAGAAUCCGCCUCCAUUAUGGAGGCAGUAGGACAGUUUGGUUUGUUAUUUUCUUCAUUCCUCAUGUGGUAAAUUAUGGGAUCGUGGAGACAAAAUCCCGCCAGAUAAAGCAUCUCAUUUGUAAGUAGUGCUCUAUCAAGUGUUUUUUUUUAAAAAAUGGGAAGCGCCACCUGAUACUUCUUGGAAAAUUGGCAGUCAGCACCCAUUCCCUGUGGUAUUUAGAAGGCAGCAUAGAUAGCAUGUAAAAUUGUAAUUAAAGUUCUAGAACCUUUGUGAUGAAAAAUAGAAUUAUGUUCUUAUAAUUAAUCUCUUAAGUCUGAGUGGGCACUCUUUUUUUUUUAUCAUAAAAAGGAUUUCAAGCUUUUUUGUGGAACUGGAAACUAUCAGAUAUACUUUCCAUCCCAUCAGUAGUCGUUUUUGCCAGUGUUCUUCACAUGCUGGUGAUAUGAUGCUUGCACAGUUUGCUUUAAAAUAAAGCUUGCAUUCUCUUUGUCUA